UCGUGCGUGAUAGGGUACAACGAUUUUAGUUCAAGCGUUGUUGAUGCAAUGCAACCAACCGUAAGCCCUCGGACACCUUCGAAGGGCCUAAACUCUUGGAUCAGAGCACUCGGACGUCAGUAACUCCUAAAACCCCCAAAACCCUGGUUCCCUUUCCGACAGCAGAAUUAUCUCGAGUCCAAAUUAAUGGCUUAUAGACGGGGCGUCACUGCUAGAGCGAAGUUUUUUUAUCAGCAGCAACAGCGAGUUGCUCCUUCAUUUUCGCAUGUUCGUCGCGAUGAUAGUGAUCGUGAAGAUCUUAAUUCCAAUCCCAUUUCUAGGAACACGGAAAUCCGGAAUUAUUUCCAACAUCGUUUUUUGGGUACCGGAAAUAAUUUCAGCGCUUUCAAUGGGUCGAGAAAUUUGUUUAAAGAUAGGAGAUUUGGGAUCCCAGCGGGAUGUGGGCCGGUUUUCAGUAGGAAUUUUUCUAGUGGGACUGUUGGAGAAGGGGCGGUUGACAAGAUUGAGAUUUUGAAUGAUGUGGUGGAUGUGUUGGGAGAUAAGGCUGUGGAGGUGGUGCCGGUGGUGAGUGAGGUGGCGGCUGUGGCUGCAGAUUCGUUCUUUCCCGUGGCAGCGCUCCAAUACUUGAUUGAUUAUGUGCACACUUAUACGGGAUUUAAUUGGUGGGCAUCAAUUGUGGUGACAACUCUUUUGAUUCGUUCAAUUCAGCUUCCGCUUCUUAUAAAUCAACUGAAAUCCACUUCAAAAUUUACUCUUCUAAGACCGAAACUCGAGGCAAUUAAGGAAGAAAUGCAAAAUAGGGAGAUGAGCCCCAAUGCUGUUGCAGAAGGUCAGGCUCAAAUGCAAAAACUGUUUAAGGAAUAUGGUGUUACUCCAUUCACACCUUUGAAGGGACUUCUAAUUUCAGGUCCCAUCUUUUGCAGUUUCUUCUUUGCUGUUAACAACCUGGCUGAAAAAGUUCCAUCUUUUAAAGAGGGCGGAGCAUUAUGGUUUACCGAUUUGACAACUCCUGAUAGCAUGUAUAUUUUUCCAGUUUUGACAGCAUUGACAUUUUGGAUUACGGUGGAGUGCAAUGCCCAGGAAGGUUUGGAAGGGAAUCCUACUGCUCAUACAAUCAAGAAUGUCUCAAGGGCCUUUGCGGCACUGACAAUUCCUUUCACUGCAAGUUUUGCCAAGGCUAUAUUCUGCUACUGGAUUACCUCCAACUUGUUUUCACUCUCAUACGGAUUAGUGAUAAAAAAGCCUGAGGUGAAGAAGUUCUUGGGCAUACCUAUCAUACCCGUGACACCACCCUCGACCAAUCAAAAACCAGGCCUCUCUUUUUUCGACUCACUAAAGAAGUACGCAGCGGCUCAGCAAAAGCAAUCUCUAUCCUCACCUGCUGAAGCAUCAUCAAAGCCUACAAACCAAAGAAUAGCUCCGACUUCUGUUCUUAAUCAACGGAUUAAGAGCUUAGAGAAAGAAGUCAAAGGAAGGAAGAAAGGAAAGAGAAGGUGAUGUAAAGAUAAAUUAAGUGAAAAGAUACAUGACAACAGAAUGAUUCUUAUUUGUCCCAACGAAUAAUUCCAAUACGAUAGACGUUAUCAUAUCUAAAGAAUAUGCAUUUAGUAGUUAGGAUGCAAUUACUUUUGCGAAAUUCUUUUCUUGGAGGUGGAGUGUGGGGCAGAGAGCUUCUGAGGAAAUGGUAUACCAGGAAUUUGGGGGCUGGAUAACUUCAGUGAACUCAACCAAGAACAUAAUUCCUAUGUUGAUUUGCUAACUUGACAGUUGUGGGAUUAUCAGCCUCUACUGUAUCUGUAUUUUUUUUCUUGUUGAUUGAGUAAAUCAAGUUUUUGAUUAAUAAUAAAAGGGCUGAUCUACGGCUGGUUUUGGUGAA